AUGGGGCCUGGACCUGAAUGGUUUGGAGUCCCGGACACCAUUGUCACGGACAACGAGACUCAGUUUGACAAUGAUGACCUUAGGCACUACACCGAAAACUUGGGCACUAGAAUUUUUUAUGUGUCCCUGGCUCACCCCCAGACCAACGGUCAAGUCGAGGCUGUCAACAAGAUAAUCAAGAAGAUCUUGAAGAAGAAGCUCGACAAAGCCAAGGGUCUUUGGGUUUUUAAGCUCCCGGAGGUAUUAUGGGCUAUCAGGACCACAGCCACAGAGACUACCGGAGAGACCCCUUUCUGUAUGGCUUUUGGGUUUGAGGCAAUCCUCCCCAUUGAAACACAAAUCCAGAGUCCCAGGAUCGAAUACUUCGACGCGGGCACCAAUGCAGAGGGCCUACAGCUUGAUGCUGAUUUACUCGAAGAAUGA